AUGUCUUCCUCUUCCUGCUCCUCCUCUGCAAAUAACCACCACCACUCUUCCGCCGAUGAACCAUCGCCAAACCUUCCACUCCGAGAAAUCCCCGGCAGCUAUGGCAAACCCUUCUUUGGAGCCUUAAAAGAUCGUCUCGACUAUUUUUACAACCAAGGCCAAGACGAGUUCUUCAAUACCCGAAUCCAAAAAUACAACUCCACCGUCUUCAGAACCAACAUGCCACCAGGUCCAUUCAUUGCUUCCAACCCUAAAGUCGUCGCCGUUCUCGACGCCGUUAGCUUCCCAAUCCUCUUCGACACCUCAAAAGUCGAGAAGAAAAACGUUCUUGACGGAACUUUCAUUCCCUCCACCGCCUUCACUGGCGGUUACCGUCCUUGUGCCUACCUUGACCCCUCGGAACCAUCCCAUGCCGCCCUAAAAGGCUUCGUUCUCUCUGUCCUAUCCUCUUUCCAUAAUAAAUUCAUUCCCUCUUUCCGUCUAUGCUUGUCAGAGUUCUUCACCAACCUUGAAGAUGAAUUAGCUGAUAAAGGGAAAGCAGAUUUCAAUACCCUUUCUGACAAAAUGUCAUUUGAAUUUGUUUUCCGGUUGUUUUGUGAUCGGAGUCCAUCCGAAACCAGUAUCGGAUCGAACGGACCGAAAUUUACUGAUCUAUGGUUGUUUUUCCAGCUUGCUCCAUUAAUAUCACUAGGGUUGAAGUUCUUACCAAAUUUCAUUGAAGAUCUAAUGUUACACACAUUUCCUCUCCCUUUUUUCGUCGUAAAAUCGAAUUAUAAAAAGCUUUACGAUGCUUUUUAUACGUCAGCUGGCUCGAUUUUGGACCAAGCAGAGAGAGUUGGCAUCAAAAGAGACGAAGCUUGUCAUAACCUAGUGUUUCUUGCUGGUUUCAAUGCUUAUGGGGGCAUGAAGACUCUAUUCCCAGCAUUGAUCAAGUGGGUUGGCACUGCAGGAGAGAGUUUACACCGGCGGCUGUCUAAUGAGAUCAGGACCGUUGUUAAGGAAGAGGGUGGGGUCACUCUAUCAGCAAUGAACAAAAUGACUUUGACCAAAUCAGUGGUCUAUGAAGCAUUGAGGAUUGAACCUCCGGUACCGUACCAAUACGGUAAGGCCAAAGAGGAUGUCGUGGUCCACAGCCAUGAUUCAACGUUUAAGAUCAAAAAAGGUGAGAUGAUCUUUGGAUAUCAACCGUUGGCUACCAAGGACCCCAUGGUUUUCUCAAAUCCCGAGGAGUUUGUGGGAGAUAGGUUUGUGGGUGAUGGAGAGAAGUUGAUCAAGUAUGUGUAUUGGUCAAAUGCAAGAGAGACUGAUGAUCCAAGGGUAGAGAAUAAGCAAUGCCCUGCGAAGGAUCUAGUGGUGCUCUUGUCCAGGUUAAUGUUGGUGGAGCUCUUCCUCCAGUAUGAUACGUUUACUUUAGAAGUUGGAAAGCUCUUGUUGGGUUCAUCGGUGACUAUUACAUCGUUUACCAAGGCCACCUAA